CAUUGUCUGCAAUUAAACAAACACUUUCUUUCGGCCGAUGAAAAACCAUGAAACCAAUUUCUUCAAAUUCUCCUUUUGUUAGUCAUUUCACAAACCAACCCCAUUUGGAAUCACUAAUCUCACUCAUUAAUAAAUCCACAAACCAAACAACCCAAUUACAUCAAAUCCAUGCCCACUUAAUUCGCACAUCUCUUUUACAACAAUCCACAUUUUCCAUCCCUUUUUUGAAAAAAUCAACAACAAUAUUUCAAAACUUAAAAUAUUCCCUCCAAAUAUUUUCCCAAAUCUUGAAACCAAAUGUCACACAUUACAACACAAUCAUCCAAGCUCAUUCAAUUAGCCUUCACCCCGAAAGAGGGUUUUACGUAUACCGCGAUAUGUUGCGAAAAAACGUACAUCCUAACCCGUUAUCGAGUUCGUUUGUUGUCAAGGCUUGUGUUAAGGGUUGUUUGGUUUUUUGUGUGCUUCAGGUUCAUGGGAGGGUAUUGAGAGAUGGGUGUUUUGAUACUGUUUUGAUGACUAAUUUGAUGGAAUUUUAUUCGGGUUGUGGGAACUGUGGGGAUGCGUGUAAGGUGUUUGAUGAAAUGCCUGUGAGAGACGUUGUUGCCUGGAACGUGUUAGUUUCGUGUUAUGUUAAGAAUAAUAGGACGCGUGAUGCGUUGGGUGUGUUUGAUUUGAUGCAGAGCAAGGGGAAUGCGUGUGAUCCGGAUGAUGUUACUUGUUUGAUGCUGCUUCAGGCUUGUGGUCAUUUGUGUGCGUUGGGGUUCGGUGAGCGUGUUCAUGGAUAUGUUAGAGAAUGUGGUUAUGAUCGUGCGGUUAAUGUAUGUAAUUCUCUUGUAGCAAUGUAUUCUAAGUGUGGGCAGCUGGACAAGGCUUAUGAAGUGUUUAAGGGAAUACCGUAUAAGGAUGUUGUUUCUUGGACUGCGAUGAUUUCAGGUUUUGCGAGUAAUGGGUGUGGAAGGGAAGCGAUUGAUGUUUUUGGGGAGAUGGAGAGGGCGGGUGUCAAGCCAGAUGAGCAAACGUUUACAGCGUUGCUUUCUGGUUGCAGUCAUUCGGGGCUGCUUGAUGAAGGAAGGGUGAUAUUUGAUUGUAUGAAAGAUUUCGGUGUGGUGCCUAAUAUUCACCACUAUGGGUGUGUGGUUGAUCUCAUGGGUCGUGUUGGUUUGGUUGAAGAUGCGUAUGAGCUUAUUUUUUCUAUGAGAUGUAAACCGGAUCCAACAAUAUGGAGAACUCUGCUGGGAGCUUGCAAAGUAAAUGGCCACGUGACACUUGGAGAACGAGUCAUUGGGCAUUUGAUUGAACUGAAAGCUCAAGAAGCGGGUGAUUAUAUCUUGCUUUUGAAUAUUUACUCAUCUGCUGGAAACUGGGAGAAAGUAAUAGAAUUGAGGAAACUUAUGAAAGAGAAAGGGAUCCAAACGACUCCAAGCACCAGUACGAUUGAACUCAAAGGGAAAUUACAUGAAUUUAGAGUCGAUGAUACUUCGCAUCCUCGAAUUAAUGAAGUUUAUGAGAUGUUGGAUGAAAUAGAGGAACAGUUGAAGAUAGGCGGUUAUGUUGCUGAAAUAACAUCUGAAAAGGAAGUAAGAUUAUCUCUUCAUAGUGAGAAACUGGCCAUGGCUUUUGGAGUUCUAGCAACUCCACCUGGGACGAAGAUAAGAGUGGCAAAGGACCUGCGAAUAUGUAUUGAUUGCCACAAUUUUGCAAAAGUGCUUUCGGGUGUUUAUAGUAGAGAGGUGGUUAUAAGAGAUCGUACACGCUUUCAUCAUUUUAGGGAAGGUCGAUGUUCAUGUAACGAUUUUUGGUAGAAUUUUUUGACCAUCUA